AUGAAUUUUGUCCUACAAUAAAUACUUGGUAGAAGUUCUUUCUGAAUGCCACUCCAACACAAAUAUAAAAGAAGUUCCCUCAUUCAGUUUUACUUCUCUUUAUGUGAAAUGGAAACAAGCAGCUCUACAGUAAGCAGAAGACUAUGAUCUGAAUUAGGAUCAAGCCUGCAGGCAAAGGACAGUAUGAACAUGAAAGAGAUUUUCAUCCUGCUGCUGAACCUGUAUUUGGUCUUCAGUGUUCAAGCCAUUCGAGAGAGCAUCCCUAUGAAAAGCUUGAGCUGCUUGAAUGACUACAACUCACAGGUCACCUGCACAUGGAUGGAGCAUUCAGAUGCUCAUGACCUUGUUGGUAUGAUUCUUUACCACAGGGAUGAUGUUUUAAUGGAGAACAAGGAGAUGUAUUGCAAACGCCAGACAGAAAACGACUUACAUGAGACUCCUGAUGUGUAUGUGCGCUGGGUUUGUCGCAACUCUACAGACUAUUUUGGAAUGGGGGUAGAAGAUAUUUAUGGCUUCAAACCUAACAAGAUGCUUCAAGCAGAACUAAAUGUUGAUCUUUUCCAAAAUGUUCAGCCCCUUCCACCUCAGAACCUCUCAGUCAGCUUGAUGACAUCAGGAGACUUCUUGCUGACCUGGAAAACAGCUGAUGAAAGCCAAAUGCUGGGCAAUGCACUGGAGUAUGAAGUCACUUACAAGCGGGAAUGGGAGUCCUGGGAGGGAGCUGCCUCACUCUUGCUCUCCAACACCACUCACUGCAAUCUCAGCCGUGAGGACCUCGUCCCAGGGAGCAGCUACAUUGCCCGUGUGCGAGCCAGACCAGGGCAGGCCAGUGGCUUCUCUGGGCAGUACAGUGAGUGGAGCAUGGAGGCGUCAUGGAAGACCCCUGAAGGUAGUAUAGGAUGGAGAGGGGCUGUGCAGGGUGGGAAGCUCUGGCUGAGAAGCCAGACCUUUCCUGUCACUUGUUUCUCUGAAGGUGGCCUUCAGCCCAGGAACCUUCGCUGCCUCUUCAAUGGUGGAGAUCGUCUGACCUGCAGCUGGGAAGUGAAGAAAGCGAUCACCACCUCUGUCCUCUUUGGCUUGUUCUUCAGGGCCACUCCAUCAUCAGAAGAAGAGGAAUGCUCUCCUGUGCGUGAGAAGACUUUGCCCCACAUCCCGUACGUGGUGCAGAGCUGUGAGAUCCUUGUUAGCAAUUCCAGCAGCCAGAGCCAGUACAAUGUGUCUGUCCGGGCCAAGACGGAGGAGAAACUGAUUGAAAGCUACAAGAACAUUCAGGUGCUCCCGCCUGCAAACGUGUCAGUAAAAGCAACAGAGAACCAAGAGUAUGAACUGAGAUGGGUAAAACACACUAUGGGAUACAACUUCAUAACACAGAGAUAUCAAGUUGAAUACUGGGAAAACAACCAAUAUGAAAAGACUCUCCAGAAGUUAAGUAUCAGCAAUGAUGAACCUCCUUUCAUCUUCACUCUGCAGAUGCUGGCAGCAUCUACAGAAUACAGGGGGAAAAUGCGCGCAAGGGUGAAUACACCCCUGGAUUAUGAGGGGCCUUGGAGUGAAUGGAGCGAGGAGUUCACCUGGAAGACUGAGAACGUUCUGCCACCAGUGGUUCUCCCAGUGAUGCUCCCAGCUCUCAUCAUCACUUUGCUAAUAGUUGCUUGUUGCAGCUAUAAAUAUUUCCUCAGGAAGAAGAAAAUGUGGGAGGAAAAUAUUCCAAACCCCAGAAAGAGUCUCUUGAUCCAGAGCUACGUGGGGAAAGCACAGUUGGGAAACUGGCCAACAAGCAACCAGCUGGACUUCAACAAAUACAGCCUUUCAGAGAAGACGGAGCAGGCUAGUUUCCUUCAAGUUCUGGACAGGCAGGCGAAGACUUUGGCAGAGUACCCUGAAGGGCAGACUGAAAAGACAGAUGUUUCCCUUGUUGCACCAGACCUACAGAACUCAUACCAUGCUUUAAAUGAGGCAGAGCAUGCCCCAGUUUUCUGCUCUAGUCAGAUUGCUGGUCAUUCCUUUCCUGUUUCAAGGAAAAACAGUGAUGACGAAAGUAUUGCUCCCCACACAGCAAUCCCUUGCUUUGCUUUCAAUGGUCCAUACUUGUACAAUCCAGUGAUGUCCUCCCACCCUGACAUACAUCAGUCCUUGGAACUGGACCAGGUGGGACUCCGUAAGAAAUCAGUUUCCCUUCAGUAUGUGACUCUCCCAGGGGAAAACUGUCCUCAGGCUCCACAGAGGCAAGAAGAGCCAGGAGCAGGUCCUCCAAAGCCCUACCUACUUACAGAUCAGAAGGAAAUGAUGCAGCACCUCAGUGAUAAGGAAGAAGUCUCACCGGCCCCACCAGCCUGUGGGAAAGGCACCAAGAUGGAAACAGAAGAAGAGAGCUCUCCAAAAGCUCCCAGCUGUACCACAUCUCCUCAGCAGUGUCCCUUGGAGUACUUCACUACAGAGAGCCUGUUACUGCCAUCAGCCAGUGCCUCCACCCAUCCUCCACUUGUCACUGCUGGGGAAUCACCUGGUGGCUCACAGGAGCCCCAGCCCCCCAGUGACCACUCUUACCAUGGGAAAACUGGUGUCAUGGUCCAAGUUUCAGGUCAGGCACCAACCUCUUCUCCUGAAUUGCACCUGGAGAGGUUUGGAGACUAUCUUACUGUGCCUUUAGGCCUCAAUGGACAUUCAGAAGCCACAAAGAUUCCUUUGCCUGUCUUACAGAAGGAAAAUGGUCUUCCUAGAAAGCAGCCUUUGUCAGAGGGUAACUUAGUGGUGUUGAACCCUGACAGCACUGAGCCAGUUUUCCUUUGCCAGGUUGGUGACUAUUGCUUCCACAGCCUAAAACCCAGUGUGAAGAUGGAUAAUGGUCAGGAAGACCACCAAGUCAAGAAACUUUCUGAGGGCAAGACAACACUUGGGAAGCCUGUAUCUGAUGAUGACUCCAUCACUGGCAAGGAAAAGGAUGUAUCAAAAAUGCAGGCUAUUCAGCUUUUCAAAAUCCUGAAAUCAGAUGACUACUUUUCCUGGCAGCAAUCUUUGAGGAUUAAAGAAAUCUGUUAAAUGGGCAAAUACUAAUCAAUACUGAAGAGACUGAUAACUGAAAGAGGCUGCAACUGUCUGAUGAAAAUGAACCUUCAAACCAAGGAACAAAUAAACACCAGUUUCAUUUUCAAGCUUCCAGUCCAACAUGUGGAAAAACCUGAAGUAGCUCAGUAUCAUUCUCAGUGCUCUUCACACAUUUGGCAUGAAAUACAUGUAUUUGCCUUUGGUGUUUUUUAAACUUUUUGACUUAUCCACAAUGAGCAGUUUAUCCUCCUUAUGAUCCUGUGACAGAUCACAAUCAUCUUGCAAUUAUACCAAAUUGCCUGGCAAAACUGAUGGCAGGAAAUGCAGACUUAACAGAAGAAGACGAGCUUGGACACCUUGGAAAGAAAACUUAGAUUCUUAAGAGCAAUUUUUUUGAACUUCUGUGUGUUUAUAAAAUAGAUCUAAAAGUCACCAAGGAACUUUCAUAUCUCUGCCUUUCUACUAUGGCAUGAAAUAGGUAUUGUCUAAGGCAAAAAACUCCCCAAAACCAAAAAACAGGAUAAUUAUAGAAGGGUGACUAUAAAAUGUGAAAAAAAAAUGUUGAAGUCCAGGAAAGCUUUCUUAAUGUUAAUGUGCAGUACAUCACAGCAAAUGCUAAGGAUAAGAAGGUAACGCUAGUGGGAUACAUAAAGUAGGCUGUAGAGAACCAUUUGGAGGAAGAAACAUGGCUGAAAGAAAACCCAAGGACUCUUAAGGUUCAGUGAGAGAGAGGGAGUGGGGCAGGUAACAGAAAACAGCAUGCAAGAAAUGUUGGGAAGCUGCACAAGUUUAAAUCUGCUGCAGCUUUUCUAUUUAUAAGUGUUAAAAUACCAUAGUAUUUUAAGUUAAUUGACUGUUUAUACAUAAUAUUCUUAAUCUUAACUGUGUAAUCGAUUCUUUGGGGUUUUUUUUCCUGAGUAAUAAGAUGUGUUGAGAAAGAGGAGACAUUUUUUCCCAGUUUUACUGUAAAGAAAGUGGUGUAAGGAAAGAGCCUUUGUUCAGAUCCGUGACUUUGUGACCAGCGAGAAGGCUUUGAUUUCAGACCUGAAGGUGGACUUGCAUUCAAAAAAAUUUUCUGUUUUUCAAAUAUAAAAUCUGUACUAAUAAAAAUAUUAUUUCUUCAUAUAAAUAUUUCCUUUCACAUGUUAAAAUAUUGUGGUUACAAUAAAAUUACUAUUAGUUUGUUUGAUCAGGCCUCAAAAAAUUCUGUAUGUUAGCUAUGCCACCUGUGAGGCAGAACACUUUCUCCUGACUUUGCUAUAUUAUUUGACAGAGAUAAUGAUUUCUGUGUUUCUGCCAGCUGAUUCCUCCUGUUGAGUUAAUGGGACAGCACUGAUUCAGAAAUUGCAGUGAAAUGAAUUGUUUUUUGAGGAUUUUAUUCUCAGAAAUACGAUUUUAAAUCUGAAAGGUGUGCAAAUUGAGUUUGGUGUUCUUGACAGCAAAAGAUACACAGUUAUAACCUCUGAUAGAGAAUAUUGAUGACCACUUUGAAUGAUUUUCAAUGUAGACCUUUUGUAAUCAAUGUAUUUUUUUGGCCUUUCUAGAGUGGCACAAUUAAUUUCUUCCAGGCUGUAUGAUUGUGCUCUAAUUGUGUCCUAAAAGGAGAUGUUUAAAUUCAUAUGCAAAUUUUGUAUCUGGAUUCACAUCUUAGAUAUGCAUCACUUUCCUGGGCUUUGAAUUGCUGGGGCUUGAUAAUCAAGAUUAGUGAGUGGGAGAACUUUUAUUCAACUCAGUGGCUUUUGAAUGGAGCCCAUUUGCAUUGUCAUCAGCACUCUAAGAGCUCUCUGUUCCUUUUGUCUCUCUGCUCUUCACUGGGCAUUUGCAGAGGCUGAUUUUGGAGACACGAUUUACAGACAGAAGCACAUAAUAUCCACAG